CUUCUAUAGAAAACCAGUAGACUAGGUGACAAGUAUAGCUAUAUGCUUCACUGUACUGUGCUGUAUUAGGUAUUUUAGUGUACGAAAGAUUAUGCUGGAAUAACUUCGAAUCAACAAUAUCCAGAAAGACAAAUAAGUUAUUCAUUUUCUGGCGAUAGCGGCUGGUUGGAAAAUAUUUCGUGGCUGAUAGUUAACUGUUAUAUUGAAAAAUGAAGAAUUUAUUAAAUUUUCUAUGCAUUUUGGUAUUUUUCUCUUCAACAAAUGGAGAACUUGUUGAUAUUGAUAGCAAUAAUAUUGAAACAGUUUUGAAUAGCCAUGAACUUGUAUUUAUAAAUUUUUAUGCCGACUGGUGCCGAUUCAGUCGAAUGCUUGCUCCGAUAUUUAAAGCUGCAUCUGAUGAAGCGAUUAAAAAAUUUCCACAAACUGGACUCGUAGCUUUGGGAAGAGUCGAUUGCGACAAAAAUCCUGAUAUUGCGCAAAGGUUCAGCGUCAAUAAAUAUCCAACCAUGAAACUUUUUCGAAACGGUCAGAUGACCAAAAGAGAAUAUAGAGGUCAAAGAUCAGCUGACGCACUUGUGAAUUUUUUAAAAGAACAAAUGAAAGAUCCGAUUCAUCAUUUUGCAACUGAAGAAGAGAUGGAUGAUUUUGAGGCAAGAAAAAGGUCAAUUAUUGGAUAUUUCUCAAGUAAAGAUUCUAAGGAUUAUGAAACAUUCGAGAAAAUUGCAAAAAGUCUAAAAGAAGAUUGUGAUUUCUUCGUUGCCAUUGGGGACGUAUCUAGUAAAGAACGACAAUCUGGAGAUAAUAUUAUUUUCAGGCCAACAGGGGGAGAUCCUGACAUGGUAUAUCUCGGAUCACUCAGCAACCACGAUCUUCUAAAAGCCUGGUCAACGGAUAAAUGUGUACCUUUGGUUCGGGAAAUUACUUUCCAAAAUGGUGAAGAGUUAACGGAAGAAGGUUUACCAUUCCUCAUUCUAUUUCACAAGAAAGAAGAUACAGAAUCGUUGGAACUUUAUAAAAAAGUUUUAUCGAGGAACCUUAUCCAUGAGAAAGCUCGUGUCAACUUCCUUGAAGCAGAUUGCGAUACAUUUUCACAUCCUCUACACCAUCUGGGAAAAUCAACUUCCGAUUGCCCCCUCAUCGCAAUAGAUUCGUUCAAACACAUGUACUUGUUCCCACAUUUUAAUGAUUUGAGUGUUCCUGGAAAACUAAAGUCGUUUUUGGAAGAUCUACACUCCGGAAAACUUCACAGAGAAUUUCAUCAUGGACCUGAUCAAGCUGACAACGCAGCAAAAGAAAAUGCACCUCCGCCUCCACUACCUUCUUUGACACCAGAAAUUAAGGAACAUAUCAGGAAGCAAGGUCGUGAUCCUGAUGAAAUAGAGAAGCAAGCACAAGAUCAAUUUUUGAAACAACAAAAGGAGGCAACAAAAGAUAAACCAAAACUCACAACUGCUAAAUCAGUUUUCAAGAAUCUGAUGCCGAGUGAACGCCGUUAUACACUCAUGGAUCGGGUUAAAGAUGAACUGUGAUUACAUAGAGAUGUGUAGUUAAGGUUUCUGUUUUUUUUUAGUUAAAUGAAGCCAGUUUUUAGUUUUUAUUGACAAAAUUAAACAUGUGAUUUUUAGUUGGCUUUCAAGGAAAUUUUAUUUGGUGCAAUUUUUGGAAUUUUUUUUUCUGGUCAAUAGAAUAUGCUUUCACUGUUGGUCUGUUAUAGAAGGCUUUAUUUACGCUGCCUUUUAGGAAAUGAAGAUAUUCUAUAAAAUUAUCAUUUCUAGUAUCAGUAUGACUGAAAUGACAUACAGGGAUGUCCAUAUCCCAAAAUUACAUCAUUCUAAAAUUGUAUUUCAUUUUGACUGUUCGGAAAUUCUUAAAAAAAACAGUUCUGUAGCAAAUCAAUAUAUUUUGAGUGGGCUUUAAACUUUUUGCUGCAUGAAAUUUGACCCAAAUUGUGUUUUCAGUAUGAAAAUGAGUAGACAAAAUAUUUUAAUCAAAUCGUGAAGAAAAUUACAGGAUUUUUGAUAUCUUUGCUUCGCACAUAAUAAUCAUUGUUAUCUCCAACUUUUUUUAGACAAUGUAAAUUAGUGUCUUAAAAUAUUUCAAUGAAGCAAAUGUUGUUUCGAACAUCUUUGUCUCGAUGUGCAAUCAAAAUUCAUAAAUGUUGGGGUGAAUUUCAUUAUAAAAUCAUUUCACUUUGAAGCCAAGAUUCUCCUGAAGAUUUUUUAGUUUGUGUAUGAGAUUUGCAAGACAUAAACUCUUCUGUGCAUAGUCUGCUUUCUGAAGAUAAUUGCCUAAAUUAUGUAACUCCUGGUCAUUAAUUUUACAUUUUAUUUGAAUCCCUUUGAAUGAACUUGGCAUCACUAUUAUUACUCGACUGAUCACUAAUACUCAAAGACUUAUGGUUGUUAAUUUUUGUGCUACAAGAACCUGAACCUGAAUCAAUGUUAUCGGUGAUAUUUGCUGUUGCUGCAUCGUAUAUGCUUUCUUUGAUCUCCAUAAAUUGCUUUGAAUUGUCAUUUGUUGAUGCUGUUAGAAGAAAUUUCUUUAAAAAUAGUUUUUCUGAGAAAAUAUGAUGAAAGUAGGCCAAACAGGCUCUUUUAUUUCUUCUUGGUAGGUUAAUGAAUCAUGAAAAUCAGGAAUUUUGAGGAAUAAAAUACGGUUAUUAAAAAG